GCGGAUACUCGUGUGUCGACACGGAUUUCACAUACACUCGUUUACCUGCUUGUUCACGAGUCAUUAACUGGAAGACCUAACAGAGAAGAUGAACCGAACACUGCAAUUCUUAUUGCUGGUUUCCACUGUCUGUUGCACUCUUGCUGACACGGUGGUGCAUCAACGGGAGAAGAGGGGAACACGCAGUUAUAGAGAACGUUGUCUGGACUCUGAAUCGGCCGCAGUGCGGGUUUUGGGUGAGACUUGGCUACGCUGGAGAGGUCAGACAGCAGAGUACUGUCGCUGCACCUCACGAGGACGGACACGGUGUCACUAUGUACCAGUCACCACAUGCUAUGUGUCACGGUGUUACAAUGGAGGGACAUGUAAGGAGGCAGUGUACUCCACAGACUUCCUCUGUCAGUGUCCACCAGGGUUCACUGGACCUCAGUGUGAGAUCAAUAUGAGGGAGAAGUGUGUGGUUGGGCAAGGGGCCAGUUACAGGGGUACUUGGAGCAUAACUCACUCGGGGGCCGAGUGUAUUAACUGGAAUUCAACAUCACUCAGAGGGAAAAGGUUCACUGCCAGGAGGCCAGAUGCUAACACUAUGGGACUGGGAAAUCACAACUACUGCAGGAACCCGGACGGUGAUGCCAAACCUUGGUGUUAUGUUUACAAAAGAACCCAGAUCGCCUGGGAGUUCUGCUCUCUGCCAAGCUGCCCAACGGUGUCGAACCAGGAGUGUGUGCAGGGGGCAGGUCAGUCUUACAGGGGAACAAAGUCAGUCAGCAAGAGCGGCCUCAAGUGCCUACCCUGGGACUCUCCUGCUGUCUCACGCAAAAUAUACACAGCCUGGAGACCAGACGCCAGAGAACUGGGGCUGGGAAGCCAUAACUUCUGCAGGAAUCCAGACGGUGAUCUAAGCCCCUGGUGUCAUGUUUAUAAAGGCUCACAGCUGACCUGGGAACUGUGUGACAUCUCCAAAUGCCCGAGGGGCACUAUCUUGAAACCAACAUUUCUUCCACGAGCUCCUACAACCAACAGUAACAGAGGUUCUUGUGGUCGGCGGAUACAGGACCCCGCACCCAGGCAGUUCAGGAUUUUGGGGGGUCAGGGCAGUGACAUUAAAGACCAGCCAUGGCAGGCAGCCAUAAACGCGUUCAGACCGCGUUCCAAGUCAUACAACCAUCUGUGCGGAGGAGUUCUCAUCGACUCCUGCUGGGUCCUCUCUGCUGCACACUGCUUCACCGAACGACUCAACUCGCGUCGUCUGCAGGUGAUCCUUGGUAGGACGUUUAGACUGGAGAACUCCAGCAGCGAGCAAAUCUUUGAUGUCGAGCAAUACUGGACCCAUGAAAACUACGAAGAAGAAACCUAUGACAAUGAUAUUGCUCUGUUAAAGCUGAAGACCGACACAGGCAUCUGUGCUAUCAACUCUCCCGAGGUUCUACCCGCUUGUUUACCGGACCCAAACCUGGUUCUGCCAGACUGGACCGAGUGUGAAAUCUCUGGCUAUGGCAAAACAGCAGAAUUCUCUCCUUUCUAUUCGGAACGAGUGAAGAGAGGGCACGUGCGAUUGUGGCCUCAGGACCGGUGCGUACCGGAGAUACUGUCUGGGCGUGUGGUGACUCCCAACAUGCUUUGUGCCGGAGACACACGAGGCCUGGACGAUGCUUGCAAGGGGGACUCUGGCGGACCUCUCGUCUGCCCUAAAGAUGGCAGAAUGACUCUCCUGGGUUUGAUUAGCUGGGGAGACGGCUGUGGAAAGAAAGACACUCCGGGCGUUUACACGCGCGUCACGAAAUACACCGACUGGAUCGCCAGCAAGAUGAGGGCCAACUGAAAGCCUCUCGCAUUUGUACAAAUACACGCGCAGACACAUGUUCACACAAAUAUGGACUGCUGGGUGUUUACGGGGGCAUAAGCUUAACCCACCACCACCACCACUCCCCCCCUUCCCCCCACCACACCUCUUAUGAAAGGAAAGGUACACCCAUCAUAAUCCCACAGCACAAACAAGUCGCAAUUAACACGGACUAAAACCGACCGCUGCGGGAUUCUAAAGUGCCAGUAAUAGAGUGAUGAAUCAUUCGUUACGCAGUUUGUGAAAUCAUGGAGAUGGGGCUGGGGUGGGGGACCUAACUCCAUAUUACGAAUUUCUAGUAAUGUUUUUUUUUUUUGCUGUUAGCACUUUUAUAUGCUGUGAUGGAGAAAGUACAGGAAACUGAAAAGAGUCAGUUCACCUAGGGACCAGGCCUUGUUCACAGUUGCUAAACUCUACACUACACAAGUGCACUUAGCUGUGAUAGCACUGUUUCACCUUCGCCCCCCCUCUGUCUUCAUUAGAUGUUCUGUCUCAAUAGCGUCUCAGUUUGGUGCCAUAGAUGUCUCAGAGAAUCAUAAAGAUCUCUUUGGAAGCAAGACAUUUUCAGUUUGUGAUGCUUUAACCGUGAGAAGACGUAGACUGAUAGAAAAAUGUGAUGUGAGCUGGUUGACUCUGGGGAGAUGAACACAUUAAAAUCUCAGCGUGUCCAAUCAGAACUGUCAUAGGACACUUGCCAGCCAAUGACAGAGAGCCAAAGAAAACCCCCAACUUUAGCAUGACUUACUGCAAUUUUAUUGGAGCAAGUCAAGAGUUUAUAAAAGUAAAAGUACAGAAACGAAUGGAGACAGCGGACAAAAUGGUCUGGAAUGCUGAAAAACAAAACGCUUAGCACAAAAAAUAGGACGACACAGGUUUAAAAAUAGACGUGGGUGGGUCUAAUUAAGCAGAAAUUGAGUGGGCUUUAUGAGGUCUGGGGUUGUUUGUUUAAAUGUAAAAUUAGUUAGCUCAUUUUGCCUUUUACGCACUUCCAGGCUUUUAAAUAUAGAAUACCAGUGAUGAAACUUCAUUUUUAAUACUUGUUUUAACACUAAACAUCUGCGGGGACAGAGAGAGAGAGAUGCUGAUUUCUUUGUAUGUUUUGGUGAAUAGUUGUUGGGUUGAACUCAACAUCAAUGUUGAUUUUUCACGUACUGUAUAUUCCAUAGGACUUUAGCCUGUAGCUGCAUUCAG